GUUGCCAGGUGGAAUUUAUGUAAUGUUGUAAUUGAGAGGCGGGCUGUCCCUGUCCAUGCUGAUAAAAGCUGUCGUGGAGCCCGGCAGGAGUCAUUGCAAUGAAGAUGAUGAAGAACGUGGCUCUGUUGGCAGCUCUGCUGGCUCUGGUGUGUGUGUGUGAAGGAGUGACCUUUGGCCAGCUCUGUCAGGGGAAUCCCAACAACAACCCGAGGUUAUCAGAUCCUUUGGGUGCAGGCCACUAUGGGGCCCCACGGGGAAGCAGGACUCACCAAGGUUUGGACAUCAUUUGUGAUGACGGCUCAGAGGUCUACGCUCCAUUUGACCUCACUAUCACUAGGGGACUCGUUGUCUACAAUGAUCCCACUAAGGCCGCCAUCGACCGCGGCCUUGUAAUAAGUGGCGAAGGUCUUUGCGUCAAGCUGUUUUAUGUGGAGCCUGACAGGACUUCAGGAACCGUGAGCAAGGGGCAGCGUCUGGGCGUCAUGAUGCCCAUGCAGAGCGUUUACCCGGGAAUCACCUCGCAUGUGCAUGUGGAGCUGUGUAACAAACAAAACCCCACAGAGUACUUCUGAGGAUGGGGGCAUGACCAUUUUGACCUUAAAGGCCACAUUUUAUUGGAUUAUCCUAUUAGGCAUAAAAAUUGCAAAUAAGUUAAACCUGCCAGCAACGUUUUGUUGUUAUUAUUUAGAUUAACACAAUUUGUUAUAUGCAAAUUAUGUGUCAAGAAUAAAGAGGUCAACAGAGGUG